AUGUCGUGCUUUGACGGCAUCUUCCCGCGAGCGGUCCCACAGGCACCGCUUGCCUUGUGCUUCUCCUGUGGACGGGGCUGCCCUAUGGAGCCUACCUCCUCAUCUUCUUGUCCCAACAGCGGCGGCGAGCAGGUAGCACCGCGUGGAUAGCUUUGGUAGCAUCACACGAGUGUUGGCUGUUGUUGCUUUAACCGUUCGGUCUCCUGAUAUACUAAAAAACAUCUACAUUUAAUGUUUUGCUGGGGUUCUUCCGAGUACAGGAGUAUCAUUUUUCGCUAGAGACGGACGCCCCCGUCUAGAUCCAGUCCUUUUUUUUUUUUUUUUUUUUUUUUUUCCAAAUACAACACAACGAGUCCAUUUCCGUCAGAGAAAAGAGUCAAAGACAGAUUAGCAAUGGAAUCAUAGCGUCAAAGAAAACUACCUGUUGUGUGUCCACGAUUUCCCAGACAGCAUAUAUGGACAUCUCCCCUGCGGAUAACAGGCUCAACAAGACAGUUUGGUAGCUGUGUUGUGUGUCUUAUAUAUGUUAUGUUGGGAAGGUGUAGACGAAAAGUGUUGGGCUGUUAGUUAGUUGGGUGUUUUAUGUGUGGCACCCUGUUGGUUGUGGAUCUCCAUCCAUUUUACACGUGUAUUUCCAGUUUGGUAUGCAUUUAACGCGAGGAAUAUGAUUUGGUAAGUAAUUGAGUUUGGUAUGCAUAUGCAUGCAUCUGUGUCAAAUUGUGCGGCACACGGGAGUGGUCUCCCAGUUUUGUGUAAUUUCAUGCCCAUAAAUGUGCGAAGGGCACGGGAGAACAUUCUUUCAUCAUUGCCUCCUGACGUGGUCGGUCGUAGGUAAGGCGUGUGGUUGAGGUUCCAUCACCGAUAUGUGGGUGUUCGUGUGUUCAAAUGUAAUGGGUUGGUCAUCUCUCUCGUCCGUGUGUAGGCAGGGAGUAUGGUUAUAUCUCUCCCCUCAGUGGGCAGCACAGACCAUAUGUAAAGAAGAGUUGAUCAUUUCGUGCAUAAUACAUCAUUUAUGUUUGGCACGACAGGAGGAAUGAGAUUUAGUUGUUCUGACAUUUUGACGGUGUACGUGGGUACGGAAAGUACUCCCUGUGUCCGUGAUGUUCCCUGAUGUUGUCGCAUCGAGUGGCAGCAUGUGCCAAGGACAGGUAGACGUGGAAGGACGGCGACAGGUGAAGGGCAGCAGUAGUAGUGUGUUGUGCAUGGUGGCUUGUUGGCUUGUACAGAGACCAGUACAUCUUCGACCGACCACACAUAAAGAGUUUGUUCGUACCUGUGGGGAUUUUUUGGAGUCCUGGGUCAGCCGAGAGCAGCAGCAAGGAGCAGAUACGAUGCAGUGUACUCUACAGCUUUACAGUCCGUCCUCCUCAAGUCCUAGCGGAGAUGAUUAGUAUCGCACAACGGCUGGAUCCGAAAUGCCGGCUAGCUCCGAAAACCAAGAGAGGUGGGUGGCUGAGCUAAAACCGGAAUGACUGCAUGCAUGCGUGCUCCUCUCAGCAGAUGUUGCUGGCUGGCUCUUUGAAGUGCAGAUUUCUGGUUCAGCAGAAUUUGAUUCCCAAUUUUUCCGUUGUCACCUGGGUACAGGGGAAUUUUUGAGAGGUGUACGGAAGUUGAUGAAUUGUCCUACUUGCAAGGGACACGUUUGAUUUUCAGUGUUCCCCCUUGCGGUUUCGACGGUCAAAAUUGUGGUUACCCACAAAUUUUCGCAUCGCUAUAAGCCAUCAGGCUUACUAAAUUACGUGUGUACAGAGUUUCGUUAACGUUAAAGAGUAAAUCGAAAGGGAUUUUUAUGUCGUUAAUACACACCAAGCGUUCUUAUUUUUAUUUUACAUAGACAUCACGAUAUAUGGACAUAACACAACAACAUUACUCCAGCUCCACAAGGAAACGGGACAUUUACCAGUGACUAAAGUAAAACGUAAUGCCAAGCAGAUUAACUCACCACAAAGUCCUUAGCAUCGAUUCGACUCCAAAUACCCAACUUCACUUUCUCCCAGUAUGAAUUCCGCACCAUAGGCGCAUUUACACCCACGAUGUUUGCAGUCACUGGCGAGGUGCGAAAAAAGGUAUACUUGAAAUUAUGUAAAGUAUUACGGAUAAGUCGACUAGAAUAGAAACGUGCAAGCAUGUCAGCUAUCAAUCUAGCUGUGGCAGCCUGGAAAAAUCGAAUAUCAGUACAUCUAAUAGCGAAUCGGCACAUUUGACAAUGCAACGUCGACAUUUUACAUCUAGUAGAUAACACUGUUUCCCAAUGUGGGAAUGCCCGAUACUGCUUCAACGUAGCCAUAUGUUGGCGCUUAUUAUACAUGCCAAUACUAGUCUUACCAGGAAUGUCUUGCCCUAUUUGCAUAUCCAGAAAAUGUGCGGAGUCCCCACACUGUUCUUGGGUGAUGCGAACGGGGUUGUCUAUCUGAUCACCACUCGUAUCUAACACCAUCUUUGGGUACAUACCACCAUAUUCAUUACCC